AUGUCUAGAARAAMUCAAGCUCAAGGGAAGAAAUGGAAUCUCUUGAAGAAAGACUCUGCCGUGUUCACAGUCUACCAUCACAACAAGGAAGUGAUACAGACAAGUACCAGCAAGGAUCUAGGUUGUGUCUUCGCCAUAAGAUCCGACRAAGAAAACGACAACAAAAUUUCGUUCAUAUACUCAGGAAAGAGAAAGUUAAAACUUGACCUGAUGUACUUCGCUCCAUGUGAUGAUCUCAGCAAAAUUCUCUAUUCCUUUAUUUCGGAUAAAAAGAAAUUCACGUCGAAGGCAAAAGAGUUAUAUGGAAUAAAGCUGGAAACUGUUCCUAGUAAUAACAGUUCUAAGAGGAAAGAACCUAUGUCCCCUCCAACARCACCUUUGCCAAAACGCAAUCGAACUAGCGCCACUGUUGGUGAGCAAGAACGGCCCACUGUUGUCSAAGCUGGUGUUUCUACUAGUGAAAGUGAAACCAGCACGCAUCUCACUGCUUUGUCAGAAGAAAURCUCAAUUUCCUUAUAUCUAAGGACCUCGAUCGUACUCACUCGGCUUAUCAUAGGAUGAAAGGGUCUGGGUACGAGAAUGUACAAUGUACCAGUUUACAACGAUAUUKUAGCUGGUACAGAGUUUCUUUGAGACUAGUAAAACCUUUUUCUUUUUUAGUUCCAGUGARAGUUCUGGUGAACAGUCUAAAACAACCAAGAUCUGAUUAUCUUCUGCGAGAAAUCGACGAUGUGUUUGUCAAAGGCUUGACAAAGGAGUUUCAAGAAAACAAAGCUCUCUUUGUCAAGCCUUUGACGGCAAUCGUCMCUGGCGUGAAAUCAGUGGARGAAUUCGAMGUGGAUUCCAUCGAUUCAUACCAGCUUGAAGUCAUCGGSGGCAAUCACCGACGCGCUGCUUUGCAGGAUUURUUCAAAGAAACUAAAGAUGAACAGUUUAAGUGGGCGAAUGUUAUUCUUUUUUGUGAAAUGCCAAAGGCAAUGRUUUUAAAGUUGGCAGCCAGGCACAACAGGCAUGAUAGUUUUUGCCAUAGCAUGACUACACAAGAUAAGGUUAAACUGUGCCAGAAGAUAAGGAUUAAUGACUUCAAGGGGGAGAAAUCAGGAAAAUGGAGAAGCCAUUGCACAGAUCUUUUAUGCACUGAUAAAGAGUCCUUGGAAUUUGUGUUUCUUCUAAGUGGCUUAGAUGAUGACUCAUUUGCUGUGUUGCUUGAAGUAAUAAAAGGAUUUGAGCAAUUUCAGCUUAAAGGACAAGCACCAAGCACAAAGUAUACAGCAAACCUUGUCAAUGGCGUAACGCAAAAACCCAACCUUACUGGGUCUAAAUUUAAGUGCAUACGGAACCUACCCAAUGAAUUCAUAAAGGAGCUUUUAACAAGUGUCCAGAAGCAGGAAAUUUCUUUCAAAGAAAUGAAAGAACGUGCAGAAGAGUGGAAAAGUAUGAAUUGUCUAAAGAAUGAAUUCACAAAGUCGGCUGGGCUCCGCUCUUUUAAAGAUGUCAAAGAAAGGUUUCCAUUAUGGACUUCAGAAGAGAAGUUAAAGCAAUUUGUGAAAGAAGUCAAAGGUGGCAAGGCACCAGAAGGCUUCAAGUCCUAUAUACAACGUUGUCUCACAUGUGAUUCAACAUCUAAUAUUGCAACAGUCAAGACAGUCACCAGUCCAAAAGGGUUUAGCUACUCAGCUAAAGAGGCUGGUGACUGGAAGAUCUCUUCUUCAUUAUUUGAAGAUAUCAAAUUUAGUGGAGGAGACUUGAUAUUGCUGCAAGACGUUGAGGAAUGGACUGAUGAUUCUGUUGCAAUGUUAACACGGGAAGUUACAAGCAUCAAUACACGACACAAAGUCACAAAUUAUGUUAUAAUAAUAAGAAAAAGUGUUGAAAAAGUUUGCACAGGCCCUGAUGGUACAGAACGAAAUCUGUACAUUGUUCUUCCAAGUACAAAAAUUAGAGCAGGUAGUGUGCCCACAAAAGCAACUGAGGUGUUCCAAAUGAUUAUCGUUGGUAGACCUCACAUCAAAUGCCUGGACUUCAUAAUUGUAGAGUCAGAAGAGUCAUUAAUGACUCAACUUGUGCAAAACUUCCUUCCUGUGCAUGGAACAGUCAUUGAAAUAGGAAGCAAUAAAGAAUCACUGCACCUCUUGAACACAGCAUUCAAGUUAAAGGCCAACAUGGUUGGGAUUUAUAAAGAUGGUUAAAAAACAAGCCAAUUUUUGGAUAAAGCGAGGCAGUUAACUAAAGUGGAGGAGGAAACUGAGUGAAGAAGUAGUAACWGAAGUAUUAAAUAAUAAUUAUGGACACAUUUGCAUAUGAUUAAUAUUUCAAACUUCCAACCUUGCUUUUGUAACAUAUUAUUACUUUAGGAUAUUAUUUUUUGUUUAAAAUACAGUAGGUUUAUACAUGACUAAGGCAAGUAUUUUAAUGCACAAUGGUGUAACACUAUAUAUCAAGUGUUAAACACAUUGAAAACCCGUCAUGAAGAGGUUUUUCACCAAAAUAUAACUAUAUUUCCUAUAUAAAAUGUACAGGAAAAUUUCUUUUUUAGGUGGACAAUCUUUUUAAGAUUGCUUGAAUUAAAUUGCAAGUUGUUUCGGUUAAUUGAUCGAAUUGUUACCAUGUGUCCAGAAAAAAUAAUUUGGUAUGAACCGAAGUAAUUUCAACAGAAGAAAAUGUGCACAUCAAAAUUUCCAAGGACAUGUAAUUUUUUACCAUUAGAUAACUACUUGUAAUGGAUUGUAAAAAUAUAUUUUUUGGUAAUAAAAUUAGCUUAAACAGCA